GAAAAAUGAGAGCAAUUGAUAUAACAAUGGAAUUGAAAGAAUGAUUCAGUAUUUAAAAGAAAAAUCAAGGAAGAUGCGCCUAUAUUAUAUUUAAUGUAUGAUUUUCAUAUUUUACAAAGGUACUGUAUGAUCUCCUAUAAAAUAAUAAAUCGGUUUACGAUACCUUCGUUCACUACACCACUAUAUAUUUAUUUUCACGUAAUAACUUGUACCUUGAUUCUGCUCAAAUUCUAACGAUGAUGAUGAUGUUGAUAGGCAUUGGGCGAAGUAAUCUGAUAUCACGAUGUAGUUUCCAACUUGUAGGAGACUUAACAGUUAUGUUCAUGUUCAAUUAUUGAUGUUUUUUUUUUUCAUGAACUGUGUCAUUUGACGGUGACAGAACGUUGUUUACAAGAUGAGGUGUUCAUUUUAUUGAAUUUAGUGCCAAGAUAUCUUAUAAAUUUUACAAUAAAUGUUUACUUGAUUGACAUUAUAAAAUAUAAUUCCACAGUUUAAAGUAACAUGCCAAUGAACUUACUUCAUACAUAUAAUGGCUAUUGGGAGAACUAGUGGAUGAAGAUUUGUAGCCUUUAGUAACUUCCUAUUUUUAUAGAAUUAAUAUUAUUGUAUUGGUUGUUACUGGUUAAAUCAAUUUAUAACAACAUAAUUUAACAUUCCAUGUGUAAACGAUGGAUCAAUGCUAACAAAGUGUCAGUUUCGGUGACAUUAUGCUGAUAGUCAUCAUGUUGACUUUAUCAUAAUUGUUGUAUUCAUUCAUCGUACUAUCAAUUGUAUAGAUUUCAUUCUUAAAUUGUUUAUAAUUAUUAAAAGAAUGUAUAUUUGCAUAGUACUCUGUCGGUAUUGUUGUUAUAGACAUGUGGUUUAGUAAUACAAUGUGUUGUUUUCUAAUUUUGAUAUUGAUUAUCAUUCGUUUACUCUUUUUGCUUUAGCGUAAUCAAUGUCAUGGUUAAGUAACUUAGCCAAUAAAGCUGAGAAUUUUUUGAACACUCUGGAUAAUUCAGCUGCAGAAGUCUUCAGAUCAACUGAUCAACAGAGAUUUCUUGAAGAACAUAUCAGUGACUAUGUGGACAAUAGUAGCAACUAUCCUAUUGAGACAUCAUUUAGAUAUCAAACAUUAACCGAUUCUAAUCAACCUAAUGAGUUGUUGAUAAAUUCAAGAUAUGAUAUGCCUGUUACAGUAAAACCAUUGGAAAUGUCCGCUACAACUAGUUUUUAUCAAUCAUUAUCAGAAAGUAAUAAUCAACGUACACUAGUUGAUACACUAAAUAACAACACUUCAUCUGAAUUAUCAUCAUCGUCUUCUAUUCCAAGCAAAAUAUCCAGGAAUAAAGAUUUAAAAUCUGCAGCCAAAUCAAACAGUUUGAUACAACAAUCAAAUGAUUUAGAUCUAUUUAAUUUUUUAAAUAAUAAUAAAUCAGUCAACUCAGAUGAAAUCACAAAUCCAUUAGAACGAGACUCAGUGAGACGAGAUUCUUUAUUAUCUACUAGCGAUAAAAUUGAUGAAGAUCAGAGUAGUGGUUAUGAAACAUCACUGUCGACUAAACACUCUGGUACACCUAUUAAAACAAGUAAAGGAGAAGAGAGUUCUGCUGUAACAACUGUUCAUGAACUAGAGGUUCUAAGUGAAGAUUCUUGUAAACAGUCACGAAAUACACAUUCCUCCAUUAUCAGUGAUCUUCAACUAGAGAAUAAACUUCUUCGUAGUGAAGUCUCAUCUUUAAGUCAAGAAGUGUCUGGAUUAUUGCGGCGUAAUCAUAAAGCUUCAGAAGAAAUUAAACAACUUACUGGUCAGGUUGAUCGUUUGAACAAUCAACUAAAAGAUUCUGAUCAACGUGUUCGUGAACUUCAAAUUAAAAUUAAAGAGUCUGAAUUAUCGAAAACACCAAAUAUCAACAAUGUUGAAUUGUUAGAAACUAAAUUAAAACAAACCGAAAUGGAAUUGUCAACUGUACAAAAUAAUUUGAAAUAUGUACAAUCUCAAUUGGAGAAAAAUAAGCUGACAAUUAAUACUUUGGAAGCUAACCUGUAUGAAUCUCGUCAACAGAGUUUAAUUGCAGAUAAACGAAUUGAACUAACUCAAAAUGACAAUAUUCGAUUAACACGUGAAUUAACACAAUACAAAGAGAAAGCCAAUCAUAUUUUGGCAAUGAAAGAACGAGUGAUUUCAUCAUUACGUGGUCAAGAUGUAAAUUUAGAACAAUUACAAACUACAGUUGUUAAUAAUGAAGAUAAUUCAGAAAAUGAAUUGAUCACUUCUAUACGUGCAGAAUGUGAUUUAUUACGUGAAGAAUCUAGUCGAUGGCGUCUAGAAGUUGAACAUAGAGAAAUGGCAAUACAAGAAUUGGAAUUACAAAUGCAAGCUGAGAAAGAUUCAUUAAGACGUAAUAUUGAGCUAUCAGAACAACAGGCGGAACGUGAAAAACAACUUCGAGAAGAAGCUGAUACAGAGUUGGCGCAUUCAAGACAAUCUAUACGUGAAUUGGAAGAGACAUUCAGUCGUCAAAAAGCUGACCUACACAAUAAACUAAUGUCAACCGAGUCAGAAUUAGCUCGACUUAGACAAAUAGCAUCGAAUGAAUCGGUACGGAAUACACCUCCUACACGAAGCGAUCCAGAAAAUAUAUUAACAUUAGAAUCACGUAUUAGACAACUAACCGAUAAUCUUUUAUCAAAACAAGAUGCACUGGAUUCGGUAUUGGCACAAAAUCAUGCUUUAAAGAUUCGACUUGAUCGUGUAUUGAGUGAUAAUGAAUCACUUAUUUCUGCUUUACCUAAUUAUGAUACUCAAUCGAUUUUGGGAUAUAAUAGGUCUUAUCAAUCAUCUGUUGGAGGUUAUGGAUGUACUAAACUUAAUCUACAUGAUACCCCGAUUCCUAAACAAUUAAGACCGUUAGUUUAUCGAAUCGAUAAUUUUGGUAUACAAGUCGUGAAUAGUUUUCGUCGAUUCCCAGUUAUUCGUUUAGCUCUUAUCAUUUAUAUAAUAAUUCUCCAUUUAUCGAUAAUAAUUAUAUGUUUCAUACCAGCGGAUAAUAUGAAUAAGAAAACUAUUACAGUUGGUGGCAAUGGCAAUAAUAAAUUGGUUAUAGAAAAUCCUCCUAUUGCAGUUCAUCAACUUCCACUUGCUUUAAAUAAACCUUGA